UUUUCUCCCCCUCUCUCUUAUUCUCUCAAGUAUACUAGAUUAAGAAUAAAUUUGAUUACAUAUUAUUGAAUAUAUUAAAAUACGCCGUGUAUUUUAAUCACACUUUAAUGACGAAUAGGAUAGCGAAGUUUCACGCUUCAUGUUCGAUAUCUGACUGAACGAAUUCGGUGACCCUUACACAGCGUCAUAGAAAGUGUUAUUACGUUUAUGCUAUACAUGGAUAAACUGAACAUAUCUAGCUAUUCGCAGUUGGAAGAGUUUUCAAACAUCAUUGUACAAUUAAAAGUCUUAUCCGUUAUACUUAACGUACGGUUUGAUAAAUUUCUAUUAGUUUGUAUUUUGAUUCGAGAAACGUAUAUAUAAAUAUUAUUAAAAAGGAUAUGUAAUGUUAUUUCAUUUUCCCAGUUUUUCUCAAACUUACAAAUGGAAGUACAUAAAACGAAUGGUAAUUACACCUUCUUAUUGUAGUAGCAAUAUAUUUGUAACAUUAACAGUAGGAACUAUUUUUUUUCAUUGCGUUCUAUUGACUAUGAAAGGAUAAACAAGUAGUUUGUCGUCUCUUAGCUCGGUAUUUAUUAAUGACAGUACGAGCUCGAUGGGAAGGCGGCAAUCGAUAACCGUCUAGCUGUUAUUUAAAAUGCAUCUUACACAAUAUGGUAAAAAUGAUGUUGUAAGAAUGCACGUUUUAUUAUUGCAUUCUAAAUGUAAAAUCUAAAAUUACUUUAAAUAAUCACUCUAUUAAGAAUACGGAAAAAAUAAGAAAAACAUUAAAAGUGAAAAAACAGAAAUGAUUGUCAUUGUUACAAGUUCAUUGACUUUCACUUUGCUCUUAUAACUUGUCGUUAUCUUAGUUAUUGAAAUAUGCAGCUUAUUUUAUAAAAUAUAUUACUUGCAGUAUUCUGUAAAUGAUGUAGUAGAAUUCGAUUUCUCUUUCAAAAUCGAAAUUUUCCAUGCAUUUUGAAAACUUUUACGAAUGGUGGAAAGUUAGUGCAAACGUGCGAUUGGUCGGCAAACCAAUGCAUAAUUUAAUAUCUAAGGAACAAAGAACUUGAAUAUUAGAAAACUAGUCGAGGUGACGUAUUCGGUAUAGACGCAUACACUUUAUAUAUACGCGAAAAAGAGGAGAGGCAGAAAAGGAAUCGUAAUGGGAAUUAAACGUAAUAGAAUAUAAUGAGAAAUAGCAAGGCUUAUUUAUCGUUGAUAUUGCACGUAUAUAUAUGUAGAACGAUGUCUAUUUUUAGGAUCAUCAAAAAAAAAAGCUCGAUACCUAUUCUCGAAUCGAUGUAGGUAUAUCAUGCACUGUGUAAUAUCCCUCGUGCAUUCUUUGGAUAAUAUCGGCAAGUGAUCUAAUCAGAGGCGAGCCCUUUGAAAGAGAGGAUAGUUCUCCUUUAUAAUUUAUCAUACCACUUGUCAGUUUCCCACUUUCUACUUGUACAACAUCGAAGUGUAUACAUUUACAUGCAUACGAUCGUACUAUGUGUCGUUUUGCAUCCAAGUCUACUCUCCGGAUUGCUCGUGUUGUUUCGUGCGAAUGAAUAAGUCAAAAGCGGAGUGUCCCUCACAAGACGAUUUCCCCCUUUGCGUAGGUCACCUACAACUCCUCACCAAUCGCCCUCGAUAAGGAUAGGAAAGUUUAAGAAAUUUUCAAACGAUUAUCAUUUUGCUUUUCGUUUGCUAACCGAACGGCGUUUUUAAACUGAAAACGAAUGCAAACUAUUUUUCCUGUAUCCUUUAAAAUUUACAAUUAAUCUAGUUACUAGAUGCAAUGUAAUCAUUAUUUGAUAUAUUAAUCGAGUAAAAAAAGAUUGAAUAUUUAUCGAACAUUUAUCAAUUAUUGUUUAAUUAUUCGAUUAUUUGAUUAUUCGAUGAAGAAGAGGGAAGUUAUAACCCUUCCAGCACGCAUUGCCCUUCCAGUUGACACCAUUCCCGCCUGCGCCAACGAUAGAGCGUUUGCUGUUGGCCAAUUAAAAUCGCCUGUUGCAUAUGAAGGGGUUCCAUAUGCCAGGUUGGCAUUACGGAGCGUUAAAAAGUGGGAGUUAAAAAAGUCUUAGUAGAUUCUUUACUUUAUCAUCGGAUACGCACCAGGAUUUUGUCACUAAUAUUUGGUUCUCAUUGUUAAAUAAGGAAAAAUAAUUUUCAUUUUCUUUCUUUUUUUUUUUUUAUUCCUAACAUAUAAAUGGAGUCUGUUAUAGUCAUAAUAUAAUAAAAAUUUACACAAGGUUUAUAAUGAAAAUAUAGAAUAUAAAAAAUUUUGUAGCACGUGAUGAAAAGCGAGAAAUCGGUUCUUUGAAUUAUUUCCUUUUCUUUUCCCUUCUUUUUUUCGAAAUUCGUCAAAAUUACCUGCAAUUCGACUAAGAGGGCUUGCAUGUGAUACCUUAUUCGAUUACUACUUUCGAUCGAAUUGGUGCAUUUAUUAUCAGGCUAUCGACAGAAAACGAGAGGAGAGACGCGUCCGUUAUCGUUCUUCGCUUUUUGAUAUUAACUAUUCAAAAAGUUCCUAUCAAAAUUUAGUUUCUAUACUUUCCUUUUUACCGAGAUCGAGCGACGUUCUUCGAUCGAAACUUGGUGAGCUUAAAUGCGCGAAUUUUUUGAAAUGCCUGGCGCGGAGAGGAGAUACAGAAAGAACAUAUCAAAAAAACGGUCUUGUUUUUCCAAAAUUCCUCGUGACUCUUGUGAAUUCUCGAAAUCGUCUUGUUAUUCGACUGGAUUAGGCUCGAGAGGAGAGAUUGUACACGAGCAACCAAUCGUCGUGGAUUUGACUAACGAUGAAGCUAAACUAACGCGGAAAGAAAGAGAAACAAGUGCAAGUAGUUCAGAUUACGAUAUGAUAGCUGACAGUUCGAGCAGGUUUCAUCGCGAUAAUAAUAGCAACAAUGUUAUAGCUACGGCAUUACGCGAUCGCGGAUCAUGUGUGAUCCCGGUUCAACCGAAUCAUUGCCUUCCUAUACAUCCAGCACCACCGGUUCCAACUCGAGCUGUACCUAUACUAAAAUCUCGAAAAUCUCGUUCUCCGGUAUUGAAACUCGUGAGGGCUUCGAUUUUAGACGUGGUCAACGUGGAACCUGCCAAAUCAACGAUUUUGGAAGCUAACGGCUGUCCGGAGGACAAGAAGAGCGCUACUUUUUUUCUCGAACAAAAUCGAGAACAAAAGACUUCUUCAGAAAAAACAAACUCAGUGUUGCAAACGAAUCGUAACUCUUGUUCCAUUAAAAUCGUAGAUCGUCUUAAACGGAAGAUCACUGAUGAGAAAUCUAAGGAACGUGGAAAAGAUCUUACGAAGGAUUCUCUGAAGAAAAGAAGAAAAUCUUCUGACAUUAACUCAGAUGGUGGAUUCAACGAAUUAUUUACAAAUUCUACAGCUAACAUUGAUAAAGAAGGAAAGACAGAGCUCUGUAAUGAUAAAAAGUGUACAAUGUCGAUCGUGGGAUCAACAACAGAGAUUAAUUUUGGAAAAGAGAAGAUUGUACCACCGCUUCGAUUAAAGAAAGUCGUUCAGGAAGGAAAAGAUGGCGAUCGUGGCAAUCCAGAAGUACCAUUGAACGGAGAUAAGGAGACCAAUUAUAGAAUAGUCACGGGUGCUACGCCUCGUCCAGAGUCACAGUCUACUCCGACAAUUUGUGAAUAUUGGACCAGAGAAAAUUUCGAUAAUGAUGAUAACUUCGACGUCGCAUUGACAAGUUCGACCACUCAUAAUGUCGUCCAUCGAUCUUCUGUCAAGAGUGACAAUUACAAAUUGAAAUAUAGACGCAAUAGACUGAAACGAAAGCUCAAGGAAUUACAGGACAAAGCCUUAAAUCUAUCUCAGGAAAUAGCGAACGCGCCCAACAUUAUGAAUUCUAGUCCACAACGAAAUACAAGACUUAGACAAAUGAUGAACUGCUACGAGAAGCAAAUAGAAAAUGUUUCAAAGUUACUUAAUAAAUUAUACAAUGAGAAUCCGCUAACAAAUAAGUUUGUUGAUAUUGAUGAAAAUAAGAGAGAGCAUCAAUGGGACGACGAAUUCGUUCCAAACUUCUCUCCAAUUUCCUCACCAGAACCACCGAAACUGUCACCACGUUCCCCAAUAGGCUAUCACUAUAAGUCACCGGAUAGCGUUCGAAGUAGUCCACCUGUAUUGCCCAAAGUUUCUUUAAAUAUUUCAUCGAACCUGGAUAUACUGGAUGACGCAGAGACUGUACAAUUGACAAACGAAUCAACCUGGAUUACGUGUGAGAAUAAUGCGGCAGAAAUUUCGUCAAUGACAGAUACCUUUUGUGAAGAAACAACAAAUCAUGAAUGGGAGUCUAAUAAUAAUACCAACGCAGGUCAUCGAUUGACAACAUCUCCAAUUCUUUCGUCAACUUCUAUCGACCCGUGUUCUUCAGAAAAUGUUGAAAAUAUUAAAAAUGGGGAAGUAUUUUUCAAUAAUAAUGGAGAAAUUGUAGAAAAAGAUAAAAUUAAAAUAAUGCAUGGGAAAAAGGAAACCAUGAAAGAAUUUUCCAAGACAAUAGAAGUUGUAUCAUCGAAUCACUCGAUUAUUGAAGAAAUGAAAGAGAUAAGAAAACAAGACAUACACGAUGCCGAUAGAGCAAUUCAAAUUAAUAUCAAAAAUCCUAUAAUAAGUUCUAUCACUGGAGGCUCCGAGGUACCACACAACGUGAGAUGUGAUCAAAUAGACACAACUUUGCCAACGCCAUCUAUAACGAAAACACAAAUGUCAUCUUCGAUCGAUAUGAUGAAUAUCUUGCAAUUAGGAUCGAAUUAUGAUUCUACGCUUUUGAAGAAAAAUGUUUCAGAAACUAGUAAAAUGGAAGACUCGAAAAAAAUACAGAAGGUACCAUCAAGUACGACACAAUCAAGGAAGACCAAUUAUGACUCGAUAGCUUCGACUUUCAACCAAGUAGAAUAUCCUUUUACAGAUCAACAUUUUCCUACUCAAAGUAGUAAUGAUAAUCGUAUCAUAACCGAACAAUUUCCUACACUUGGUAACUGGGUGGCCAAAAUGUCGAAGAAGCAAGUUUCUAAACAGAAAUCUAAAUUACAUACUGUGGAAAAUACUAUUAGUACCAUUUCAAUGGAAGAACCAACGCGUACUUCAAAGUUCGAUACACACAAAUUAUCACUGAAUGAAACAAAUACUGCCAAUGGUAACAAUGUGUUAAAUAUAACUUCACAAUGGAAUAAGGAGAGAUGGCAUCGUCAACAUCAUCAACAACAUCAGCAACAGCAAUUAUUUCAACACAUGUCUACUGGCACAACUCCUCUGUCCCUUCCAUCUACUACGACUCUGAAUUCAGGAAUUUGCACGCCACUCUCAACAACUCAAUUUUAUCCAAGUAAUUAUAAUAUUAAUCCGUACAGUGGAGCAACGUUUGGUUAUCAUUCUGCACUAUAUCCUGUUUACAAUGGUUACCCAUAUCAUUCCCGUUUACAUCCAGGAACACCUUUGACAAGUUACCAUAUACCUAUGCAAGAUCCUCUUAAUUCACCUUUACGUCCAUUGUCACAUGUUGACAAGCACUUAUCCUCUUUGCAAAAUCCAAACAGAAAUUUUACUUCUGAUAUUUUAAAAUACUCCGGAUCACUUCCCGCCGCUAGAUUUCAGUCACCAAAUGAUUUUGGUUUCGAUCGACUCAGAACAUCUACGAGCAAUCAUAAUAGCGAAGCGAACUGUCUCUCAUCGCUAUUGCUGGCAUCUUCAUCUCUGUCAUCAGGGACACAACAAACUUUACCACGUACAUCUCUUAGCGGAUAUUCGGCUAGCAAUAAUCAAUAUGGACGCAGCAGAAUAAUACCGGAUGUUGUAGCUGCAGCUGCAGCUGCUGCAGUAGUUGCAGCAGCUUCUAUCGGAAGACAACGUGCCUCUUUACCUUCUUAUAAUAAAUCUGCAAGCACAGGCAUUAAUGCUGUCAUGGAAAUGGAUCCUACUCGGCUAACUUCGAAUACUACCAAUAAUCAUACUCGAGAACAUCUUUUGUCUAAUCAAGGACAAUCAAUUGAUGUUGGAAUGAAAGAGCCACAAUGGAACAGUGCUGGAUAUCACUCUAUACCGAAUUUACUUCUAGAAAAAUUACCUUUCGUUAGAACAGAACACAAUUUUCCUACAACUUCUACACUUUGUAAUAAUAUUCAAGAUUCACCAUCUAUAUCAACAGUUUCUUUUCCGCAAAUAUCAAAAAAGGUUUCUAGAAGCAUCGAAAGAGACUGUGAAACGCCACAUCUCGGUAAAGUAAAUAGGAGCCCCGAUACAUUAAGUAAUCUUAAAUGUUCUAAUUGUGGUGUAGGUGGAUCAAUGUUCAAAUGUCUUGGAUGUGAGGUAGCUUUUUACUGUAACGAAAGAUGCCAAACUCGACAUUGGAGUAUUCAUGUCGAAAGGUGUCCAAAAAAAAUGCCAAAACUGAAAAAAGUAGCAUAAAUUGUAUAUUAAAUAUAUUUUUCCGUAAA